AUGGUGUUCCCAUUCUCGACGAAGCCACACUUAAGGAAGCUUUGCAGAGCUCUGGUCUACUUGCAUGAUCAGGGCCCCUCCAUCUUGCACGGCGACUUGUCGCCGAAGAACAUCCUAUUGAGAACUGCCAGUUUGGAUCCUGUGCUGGUGGACUUUGGCAUGAGUGUCUUACGGAGAUCCAAGCAGAGGAUGCUAGGAGGCUCUCCACAUUGGAUGGCUCCAGAGAUCCUCCGAUCGGUGGAAUCGGGCGGGCUGAAGCCAGACUGCAGCGUCGACGUCUUCUCCCUUGGCCGCAUUGCCUUUUUCAUCUCGACCGGUGUGGCGCCCUUCCAAUCUUUCGUGGUUGAGCAGCUGAUUGAAGCGGCAUCCAAAGCAAACUUUUCAGAGAUGCCAUGGCCAAUUGAGACCGAGACUCCUUUUCAGAAGCUGUGCAAGGAAGAGUUUUGCCCACCCUGCCUGGAAAUGAAUCCGAAUCAGCGUUGCACCAGUGGAGAGGCGUUGCAGACCUUGCAACAGGUACCUUCACCCCAAAAAGAGUUGAAAUCCUUGAAGGCAGCCAUGCAUGUGGCGGAGAACGAAGUCACUCUCAAGUCCUCCUUUAUGGCUUCCCGUAUGGCCGCCAUCCCCGCGCAUACAUUCGGAGUGCCAAAGCCGAAGAUUGCCCUUUAG